ACACUCAUCCAAGAGGAAGGAUGGCCAGUACCUUCUCAAAGUUGCUGACUGGCCGCAAUGCCUCUCUGUUAUUUGCUACCUUGGGCACCGGUGCCCUGACCACGGGGUACCUGCUGAAUAAGCAGAACGUGUGUGCUGCGGCCCGGGAGCAACACAAGCUAUUCCCACCAAGCGCAGACUACCCUGACCUGCGCAAACACAACAACUGCAUGGCCGAGUGCCUCACGCCGGCCAUCUAUGCCAAGCUCCGCAACAAGGUGACGCCCAACGGCUACACCCUGGACCAGUGUAUCCAGACCGGAGUGGACAACCCCGGCCACCCCUUCAUAAAGACCGUGGGCAUGGUGGCUGGUGAUGAGGAGUCCUAUGAGGUGUUUGCUGACCUUUUUGACCCUGUCAUCAAGCUGAGGCAUAAUGGCUAUGACCCCAGGGUGAUGAAGCACCCCACGGAUCUGGAUGCGUCCAAGAUCACCCAGGGGCAGUUCGAUGAGCGCUACGUUCUGUCGUCUCGGGUGCGCACUGGCCGCAGCAUCCGCGGGCUGAGCCUGCCGCCCGCCUGCAGCCGGGCUGAGCGGAGGGAGGUUGAGAAUGUGGCCAUCACGGCCCUGGAGGGCCUCAAGGGGGACCUGGCUGGCCGCUACUACAAGCUGUCCGAGAUGACAGAGCAGGACCAGCAGCGCCUCAUCGAUGACCACUUUCUAUUUGAUAAGCCAGUAUCCCCUUUACUAACUUGUGCUGGGAUGGCCCGUGACUGGCCAGACGCCAGGGGAAUCUGGCAUAAUUAUGACAAGACAUUUCUCAUCUGGAUUAAUGAGGAAGACCACACCAGGGUAAUCUCUAUGGAGAAAGGAGGCAAUAUGAAAAGAGUAUUUGAGCGAUUCUGCCGUGGACUAAAAGAGGUGGAACGCUUAAUCCAAGAGCGAGGCUGGGAGUUCAUGUGGAAUGAGCGCCUGGGAUACAUUCUGACCUGCCCUUCGAACCUUGGCACGGGAUUGCGAGCUGGUGUCCAUGUCAGGAUCCCAAAGCUCAGCAAGGAUCCACGAUUUUCUAAGAUCCUGGAGAACCUGAGACUCCAGAAGCGGGGCACAGGUGGUGUGGACACUGCAGCGGUAGCGGACGUGUAUGACAUUUCCAACAUAGACCGAAUUGGCCGAUCAGAGGUCGAGCUUGUUCAGAUAGUCAUCGAUGGAGUCAAUUACCUGGUGGAUUGUGAAAAGAAGCUGGAGAGAGGCCAGGAUAUUAAGCACGCAGAUACUUAUCUCUUGAAUCAAUCUAUCCUGUGAUGUCUGUAACCUGAAGAGCACAAAAGAAGAGGUGGGAGCAACUAACUCUAUAAAUCUAAAACUGCUCCACAUGAAUAGAAAAACACCUUGAAUAACAGGAAUGAGAUCACAGUCUGCAUUUUGUGAGUACUAUAGAUGCUACAGUGAAGAUACAUCGUUACUAUAAGCGUUGUUGUCCCUCCUUUUUAUAAAGUAUAAAAAUAAUCCACUUGUGCUGAUGCUAAUAGGCACCAUACUAUCUUCUGAGUGACAGACUGAUAUGUGGUCGAAAUUUAGAAGAGGAAGGCACACCCAAUAUAAUUCAGGAUAUUGUGACAUUCCCCUGAACAUCCUCCGAAUGGGAUGGGGUAGAGGGCCAUUCUACCCACCAAUGUCUGUAGACGUAAGAGGGAGCACGACCUCGACAGUGACUGGCAUGCUGGGGACGAGGGAGGGAGGGUUGAGAGGAUUGGCACCAUGGCUGAGCAUGUUGACUCUACAGCACGUUUCUUGACUACAAGUCCCAGCUCUCCCAUUAUAUGGCAUUAAGUAAUUGACUUAGUCUCUAAGUUCUUCGCUUCAAGUUCUUUUGUAUAAAAUGAGAAUGAUGAUGCCUCUUUCCUAGGGUUGUUGGGAGGACAAAAUAUUUGUAAAGUUCACUUAGGAGUGCCCAACACAUUUUAAGUACCAUGUAAAAGUUUGCUUGUUAAAUAACAAAAAAUAAAUUAUUAUUAUGAUAAUAUAUCUCUGAAUAUACCUUAAAACCAUUUUUUAGGGCAAACAAACCAACAGAUCUGAUGAUUGCUCCUCUGAAAGGUCUGAUGAGAUAAGUGGUAAAUGAAAGCAAAUUCAUACAUCUGAAGGAACAUAAGCAUAAAUGAGCUUGAAGAGAUUAGAUAGAAGUAUAUACCAAUUUUGUCUUUGUUUUUUCAUAGAAGAACUAAAAAAUAAGCAAUGGCAUAAAAUUGUAUGCUAUAUAUGAAAAAGAAAGCAAGCCUUGUCAUCUAUACCAUGACAUCCAAAGCAACAUUAUUAACAACAAGAAUUAACUGAGUAAGUUAACAUCUCUCCUUUUUGUUGCAUUUUUACCUAAUUCAUUGCUCAUCUUUAGUUCUACUCAUCAAUAACGACACUCAUGUUUGCAUUUAAUAUUGGCUUGACCAUAGACUUCCUAAGGUUUAAAUUAUCUUGUUUACAUUUGAAACUCUUGAUUUGUGGGUCAAUACCCUUUAUUGUAUUACUAGGAAUGUACUUACAUGUGACUUUACUCUUUCAGAGCAGGAUAUUCAUAACUAAAGGCAGUCAUUUAAACAAAGUCUACAAUGGAUUCCUAAAUAUUCAAUCUAGCACCUCAGUUUUUGUUGACAUCUUCCAUAUUCAUCAAAUAUCCUCCUCUGACAGCUCUUCAGACAGUUUUCAGAGCAUGUAAUAGCGCUUAAAUUGGAUACAAGAAUAUCCUUUCUCCUCAAAUAUUGCCAACUGUUUGAGUGAUAUGAUCCUCUUUACAGAAGUUGUGGUCUGUUUUGCUAUUCAAGAAAGAAGCACAUUGGCAGUGUUACAGUGAAAAUAGGAGAUUUUAUGUAAAAGAUGAGUCAAUUGAAAGAGAUAAAAAGACAACUAUUAAUUAAUUAAUGCCAUAUCUUUCAGCUGAAGUCGUCAGAUCAUGCAAAUAGUUUCCGUUUACUAAGUCUCCUUUAAUCAAUAUUCAUUAAGCAAUGAUGUGAACAGAGCAUGGUUUUGUGUCACGGGGCUUUUAAAAUUUAUGAUGUUCCUUGUAUCUACGGCAGAAUGCAGCUGGAGUAGGCUUUGAUGGCUGGGAAACUAUUCUGGCUCUCUUCUUUGGGUCCUUAUUUUCGAUUUCUGUGCUGCUGCAGUUUGUCUGCUUAUGCAGAAAUGGCUAUUCUUCAGGCCAAAGUUUUAAAAGAGCAUGUUGUAAAAGCAUCUGAAAGAAGUUGUUUCGAGGUCAAAAGAUUUGCCUUGAAUUCAGCCUCAGCCACUAUAGCUCUGUGACCAAGGGCAAAUUAUCUAACUCAAUAAAGUCUUGGUUUCAUUUGUAAACAAAGAUAAUUUGCCUUACAAAGACAGUGACUUACAUUAUUUUUUUUCUUUCACUGUAACCUCUGGGAAGAAAUAUAUUUUUAUCUUAGAAUUCAUUAUAUUAUUGAUAUUUUUCAUAUAUGAGUAAGAUUGUGUGUAUGUGUAUGUAUGUAAAACCCAAAUAAAAGUUUCAGGUAAUAAUACUGACCCUUA